AUGGAGGAGAUGGGCAUCUUUACGAGGCGCUCUCGAGCCACUCAGCCGCAAGGACGCGCCCCAGCGGCGAACAGAGCAAGCCGGGAGCUGGUAGACGCCCCCAAGCGAAAGUCAAGCCGUCUGGAAGGAAGGCCGGCGUUGAAUUACAACGAAAACGCGCUAGACCUGGCUGACAGGCCGGAGAGAAAGCAGCGGUCCAUUCUCCUUGAUCGCCACGUCAUCACACAGGAGGAGAUAUACACAGAGGAGCACGUCAAGCUUCUUGGUGACUACGAGGAGCCCUGGGAGCUGUUCAAGGAUGGGUACGAUGCUCAGGGCAACCGCAUCUAUGACAAGGUCAGCGGCAUGACCUGCCACCAGUGCCGCCAGAAGACCCUGGGCCUGCACACUGCCUGCUCAGAAUGCCAGACACUCCACGGUGUGUUCUGCGGGGAUUGCCUGUUCAUGCGGUACGGGGAGAACAUUCUGGAGGUGCAGGCUGGGGGCGCCUGGACAUGUCCACCCUGCCGCGGCCUGUGCAACUGCAGCUUCCACCGCAUCAGAAAGGGCUGGGCGCCCACUGGCACCCUCUACCGCCGCGCCAUCGCCGAGGGCUACAAGUCGGUGGCGCACUACCUGGUGCUGACCAAGCUGCAGACAGCUGCUGAGGCCGACAUGGAAACCGACACCACCGCAGCAGUGGCUGAGGCAGAGGCUGUGCCUGCCGAGCAGCCUGAGAGCGCGCCGGUGACCAGGCAGCGCAAGAACUCACUCGCCAAGCCUGCAGAGCUGCUGGCCGCAGCCGCACCACCGGUCGUUGAGGCGGCGGCGCCGGCCGAGCCGCCGCAACAGGAAGGGAACGCGGCGGCAGACGCGCCGGCCAAAGCAGGCAAGAAGGGCGCGGCAAAGAGGGGCCGCGCCAAGAGCGCUGCGAGCCCUGCGGCUCCGGCGCGGCAGGCGCACAUCGACAACAUCCUGUCCAAGGCCAAGCGCGUGGCCGGCACCGCCAAGUCCCUCGCUGUCAAGGCGCUCAGCAAAGUGGUGGACCUGCCAGGGGCUGGGGAGGGCAGAGGCCUGGGCAAGAUGAAGAGGGGCAAAGCAGACCUAGCAGCAGCCUCUGCCUGUGUCGGUCGCACCACGCGCGCAUCUUCUGGCCCGCCCAAGGCACUGGCUGUCAGGAAGACCUCCAUGGCGUGCGUGCAGAAGAAAACUCGUGAGCGCAGCUGA